CGGGAAGGUCCCCAAAUGAAGGAGGCCAGAAGGGGCUCCUGUCCGGAAAUCCCGGACAGGAAUAAUCCUCUAUAUAUAUAUAUCCAAUAUAUUAUAUAUGCCUCUAUUUUCUCCCACUUGUGAAGUAUUAAUACGUUUCCAUCUCAGUUCGAGAGAGACAGAACAGGAGCAAUAAUAAAUAGCCACUGGGAAACAAUAACAGCAAUAAGGUGUUUUUCUUUGUACUCUUCGUUUUAAUUUCACCUUGAAUGAAAUGGCAAUUUGAAACGAGGCAUGUAUUGAAUUGUUGGAACAGGCAAAGACUUUCAUUUGACGUACAAUUAUGGGAACAAUGAGAGUGGCAGUGGUGGGUGGCGGCGUUAGUGGACUGGUUUCAGCCUAUGUUUUGGCCAACGCCGGCGCCGCCGUGGUGCUGUACGAGAAAGAAGAUUACCUGGGCGGACAUGCCAAGACCGUCCCACUGGACAAUGGCAUCCAUUUGGACCUCGGGUUCAUGGUUUUUAAUCGGGUUACAUAUCCAAACAUGAUGGAACUCUUCGAGUCUCUUGGAGUUGACAUGGAAACCUCCGAUAUGUCGUUUUCUGUGAGCUUAGAUAAAGGCCGUGGUUGUGAAUGGGGCAGCCGAAACGGUUUUACUAGCUUAUUUGCACAGAAGAAGAAUAUGUUGAAUCCAUACUUUUGGCAAAUGCUGCGUGAAAUACUCAAGUUCAAGCAUGAUGUCUUGAGUUACCUUGAGGAGCUCGAAAAUAACCCUGAUAUGGAACACAAUGAUACAUUGGGAGAAUUCUUCAAAUCCCAUAGAUAUUCAGAUCUUUUUCUGAAGGCUUAUAUAAUUCCAAUGUGUGCAUCCAUAUGGUCAUGUCCAUCAGAAGGGGUGAUGGGGUUUUCUGCUUAUUCCAUUCUUUCAUUUUGUCGCAACCACCACGUUCUGCAACUCCUCGGUCGACCACAAUGGCUAACGGUGAAGAGGCGAGCACACAGCUAUGUAAACAAGGUUAUGGAAGUGCUGGAGAAGAGAGGGUGUAAAAUACGGUGUGGUUGUGAAGUAAAAACUAUUUCAACCAUAAAUGAGCAAGGCCGUGUUGUGAUAACCAGUGGUCUGGAAAUGUCUCAAGAAACGUAUGAUGGAUGCAUAAUUGCGGCACACGCGCCAGACACUUUGAAAAUGUUGGGAGAAAAUGCAACAUUCAAUGAAACAAGAAUCUUAGGUGCUUUUCAGUACAUGUACAGUGAUAUUUACCUUCAUCGCGAUAAAAGUUUCAUGCCAAGAAACCAAGCAGCGUGGAGCGCAUGGAAUUUUCUUGGAACGGAAAAUGAGAGAGUCUGUCUUACAUAUUGGCUAAACAUACUUCAGAACCUCGGUGAGACAGAGCAGCCGUAUCUGGUAACUCUCAAUCCACCUCAGACACCAGAGGAUUGUUUGCUUAAGUGGACAACGGGGCAUCCGGUUCCAUCAGUUUCUGCUUCAAAAGCUUCAUCUGAGCUUCAAGACAUUCAAGGAAAGCGGAAUAUAUGGUUUUGUGGUGCAUAUCAAGGAUAUGGAUUUCAUGAGGAUGGACUAAAGGCUGGAAUGGUCGCUGCACAUGGACUAUUGAGGAAGAAUUGCAGUCCACUGAACAACCCAAAACAAAUGGUGCCUACGUGGUCAGAAACAGGAGCGCGUUUUCUAGUAACCAAAUUCCUCGGAAGUUUUAUUGCUACUGGUUGCAUUAUAUUUUUGGAAGAAGGGGGUACUAUAUUUACCUUUGAAGGAAAAGACGAGAAAAACUUCCUCAAAGUUUCACUCAAAGUUCACAGUCCACAUUUUUACUGGAAGGUUGCAACUCAGGCUGAUUUAGGCCUUGCUGAUGCCUAUAUUCAUGGAGAUAUCUCUUUUGUAGAUAAAAAAGAAGGUCUUCUUAAUCUGUUCAAGAUUUUUGUUGCCAACAGAGAACUAAAAGCUUCAGUAUCAAGAUCUAAUAGAAAAAGGGGGUGGUGGACACCAUUGCUUUUCACAUCUGCAUUUGCAUCUGCCAAAUAUUUUAGCCACCAUGGUUCGAGGCUAAACACUAUUACUCAAGCAAGACGUAAUAUUUCUCGUCACUAUGAUCUUAGUAAUGAACUGUUCUCUCUCUUUUUAGAUGAAACAAUGACAUACUCAUGUGCAAUAUUUAAGAGUGAAGAUGAAGACUUGAAAAUGGCGCAGCAGAGAAAAAUUUCCAUUCUGAUUGAAAAGGCAAAAAUUUGUAAAGAACAUCAUGUUCUUGAGAUAGGAUGUGGUUGGGGAAGCUUAGCUAUAGAAGUUGUGAAAAGAACAGGUUGCAAAUAUACUGGCAUUACCCUCUCAGAGCAGCAACUGAAAUAUGCAGAACUGAAAGUUAGAGAAGCAGGCCUUCAGGAUAGCACAAGGUUCCUGCUUUGUGAUUAUAGACAAUUGCCUGGAUAUAAAAAAUAUGACAGAAUCAUAUCUUGUGAGAUGUUGGAAGCCGUUGGUCACGAGUUUAUGAACGACUUUUUUUGUCACUGUGAAUCUGCUUUGGCAAGAGAUGGUAUUCUUGUUCUGCAGUUUAUAUCAAUACCAGAUGAGAGGUAUGACGAACAUAGGCAGAGCUCAGAGUUCAUGACGGAAUAUAUAUUCCCAGGAGGAUGCCUACCCUCUCUAAGCCGAGUCACAUCAGCCAUGGCUGCUUCCUCAAGGCUCUGCGUGGAGCAUUUGGAAGACAUUGGAAUUCAUUACUAUAAGACGCUCCGGUGUUGGAGAGAGAACUUCCUUGGAAAACAGAGACAAAUUCUUGAUCUGGGAUUUGACCAGAAGUUCAUCCGGACCUGGGAAUAUUACUUCGAUUAUUGUGCGGCAGGAUUCCAGACCUGCACACUUGGAAACUAUCAGAUGGUAUUCUCGCGACCUGGGAAUAUAGCUGCAUUUGGUGAUCCUUACAAGAGGUUGGCUUCAGCCUACUGAACAUACAUUCAUUCUCCAAAGAGUUGGAAGUGAGAUCGCUACAUGAAGUGAUGGCAAAACAGAUAAAAUAUUUACUUGUUAUUUAACUGAAAACUUCUUGGUUCUUUCCUAAUUGAAUCCAUGACCAUGUAUCAUGUAUGUCACCAUUCAAGUUCAAAUAUUUGGACCUUU